AUGAAGCCACUAGUGGAUCCUGAGUUAGCCGCUGCCGUUGAGGCCUCUCGCCGAGAUAUGUAUCGCCAGCAGAACAGACAUCCCGCAUCCCAGGCAUCCAAUUUUGUGGAUCUGACCAAUGACUCGGGCAACGACUCAGACAUUGAAGAGGUAUUCCCCAAGUCAAAGUCCGUGGUUAGUUCCGAAACUGAAGAUGACCACGAGCAUGAGCAGCUACAACGUGCUCUUGCUAUGUCGAUGGAGCCUAAUGACAGGACCAAAACACCAGAGCAUGCACCGCCAAUCAAACAUGCAUCUGCCCCGCAUGGAGACUCUGUAGUGUCGGCGGGUUCACUUUUAGGCAUGAACCGGAAGCAGAUGGAGGAGGAGCGUCUUGCACGUCUCGCCAAGCGCAAGGCUGAUGACAGCUCAUCUACUCCGCCUUCUCAGACCAGCCGAAAGCUCCCGAGGACUGAGCCUUUGCCAGUCCAACAUCCUGUCGCUCUCCGGAAUCCGUUCCAAUCUGCUCCCCAAGUGAGCACAGCUCGAGUGAGAUCUCGCACCGAGGUCUGCCGCCAGCUUGCAUCAAAUUCCCCGAAUAUUAACAUCCAACCGACCUCCCGCUCGGUGGCCCAAUGGCCUCUUGGAGCCGUCAAGAAAACACACAUCACCGGUUUCCCUCGCAGUGGAAAUGAAAUCACCAUUGAAGAAGUCAUCCAGCGGGAUGACUUGGAAUUGGGCGUAUUUAGCUCGUUUCUGUGGGACAUGCCGUGGCUUUAUUCGAAGUUUAACAAUUCAACCACACGAAUCCUAUUUGUGAUGCAAGCAAAUGAUGAAGAAACGCGAGAGCAAUACCGUCAGGACGUUAGCAACAUGCCCAAUUUCCGCUUGUGUUUCCCACCCAUGGAGCCCCAGGUAUUCUGCAUGCAUUCUAAGCUGCUUUUGAUGUUCCACCCUGGAUAUCUUCGCAUCGCAGUCCCCUCCGCCAAUCUCACUCCCACUGACUGGGGAGAGGAUAGACUUAUGGAAAAUACUGUAUUCCUUAUUGAUCUUCCCAAACUCGACGUUCCUGAAGCUGGAAAGACCCCAUUCUACGAAGAACUGGUCUACUUCCUCCAGGCAUCCGAACUCCACCGCAACAUCAUCAAGAAGCUAGAUGAGUUUGACUUCAGCGAGACGAAGCGGUAUGCAUUUGUUCAUACAAUUGGCGGAACCAACACCGAAGGUAAAUGGCAACGCACUGGAUCCAGCGGCUUGGGUCGCGCUGUCAAGGCCCUCGGCCUAGAGACAAACGCACCCAUCAACGUUGACUACAUCGCGUCAUCGCUAGGAAAUAUCAACACUCCAUUCCUCCGCUCCAUCUACCUCGCUUGCAAAGGCGACAACGCUCUACUAGACUACGAGCUACGAACCGCAAAUAAGAAAAAAGAGCCCCGCACAGAAGUCGAAGCGUAUAACCAAGAAUGUCUCGAUCACUUCCGCGUUUACUUCCCAUCAGACGAGACUGCACAAGACGUACACAGCAAUGCCAAACACGCCAUUGGCACGAUAUGCUUCAAUCCAGCCUGGUGGUCCGGUGCCAAUUUCCCACGUGAUACGCUUCGAGAUUGUGUGAGUGAGCGCGGAGUCUUGAUGCAUAACAAGCUUGCCUUUGUUCAUCCUUCCACCCCAAUCGAGAUGCCUGAUAACAAGGAGUGCCGGGGUUGGGCUUAUGUGGGGAGUGCGAAUUUGUCGGAGAGUGCAUGGGGUCGGAUCGUCAAGGAUCCUAAGACAAAGCAGCUUAAGAUGAACUGUCGCAACUGGGAAUGCGGCGUUAUUGUGCCCAUCAUCAAUGAGAAGAAGACCGAGAAGAAAGACAAGGGACCAGAGACAAAUGGACCCGUCCCUUCGGCUCCUCUUCCAGUCGAGGUCUUUAGGGAUACCGUUCCUGUUCCAAUGAGAGUGCCCGCUGUCCCGUUGUCGGAGAGUCGGAGGCCUUUCUUCUUUGGGGUCUGA